UUGAACAGGAUGACAUCUGCAAAGUUUGUCUUCUAUCUGACGUGUUUGUUCAUGGGGAAAAUGGCUCUGAUGAAAAAUCUGAAGUCGUCUUCAUCUGUUCGUCAAGAGAGACAUUUUGUAUCAGUUUAUGUUGGACACAGUGUGUCUCUGAAAUGUUUCUAUGAAGGUGAUAAAUCAUCAUGGCUUUACUGGUACAAACAAACUCUGGGAAAGGAACCAAGGCUCAUCUCCGCCUUCUAUGUGUAUGAUACAAAAAAUUCUUUUUUUAAUGAAUUCGAUAAUAAUCCACGCUUCACAGUGAGUGUUAAGAACAAUACAAGUCUCUUGACAAUUUCUGAUUUAACCAUUUUAGACUCAGCUACUUAUUUCUGUGCCAGUCGCGAUACAUUCAUCUUGGAUUUUUCCAAGGGCGUUACUGUCAGUGUAAAGGAACGGGAUUUGAACAUCCAUUUGGACCAUCAGUUAGCCUUUGAGAUCAUCCAGCCAGGGGGCUCUGUGACUCUGAACUGUACAGUACACACUGGGACCUGUGAUGGAGAACACAGUGUUUACUGGUUCAAAGACUCUGAAGAAUCUCAUCCAGGACUCAUUUACACCCAUGGAGGCAGGAAUGAUCAGUGUGAGAGGAAACCCAACACACAAACACACACCUGUGUCUACAACUUGCCGAUGAAGAGCCUGAAUCUUUCUCAUGCUGGGACCUACUACUGUGCUGUUGCCUCAUGUGGACACAUACUGUUUGGAAACGGGACCAAGCUGGACUUUGAAGAUGAGAUGGACUCUUUCUUGGUGUAUUUCUUGAGCGGAGCUUUGACAUUCACCACCAUCCUGGUUGUUUUACUGGCGUUCUCAUUGUACAAGAUGAUCAAGAGAAACAAGUGCCAAUGUACAGAGUGUCAAGCAAGAUUAUCAGCUCCCUCCAUGGGAAAUGCAGAGGGUCACAGAGAUGAAGACAACCUCCAUUAUGCCGCUUUAAAUGCCAACCUGCCCAACAGAUCAAGAAGAGGGAGGAACAACACCAGGGAUGAAUGUGUGUACUCCAGUGUAAAGAACUAGAAGUGAACAUGUUACAUUUAUAGUUUUUGUAUAGAUUUGGUGGUAUUUUAAGUGUAAAUGUAGAUUUUGAGACAUGUUGUGCAUUGUCCUUGUUGUCUGCAGUCAAAAAAUGCAGUCCAGUCUUCCUCGGAAUCAUUCAUAUUGAGCAAUUGUGCACCUCCAAAGUAGACUGUGGGAAUGUGGGUGGUCGUGUAGUGCUUCAGCCUUUCAAUGAAAUCUGGAAGUGAAGGAGUAAG